AUGAGACAGCAUAGGUGGCUCGACGUAGUCAAUGAUUAUAACUGUGAUAUCCUUUACCAUUCGGCUAAAGCGAACGUGGUUGUGGACGCUCUAAGUUGCAAGUCAGCUGGAUCUUCUACUCCAACGACAUGUAUAAGGAUAUCAGUAGAUUCUCCACUUGUGAGCUUGAUCAAGGAAGCUCAGGAUGAGGGUUGUGGAUACAUUGUUAACUUCAGUUUAAAUAUGUUUCCUAGAAAACAACCACCUGGUGCUCAAAAUAGGAAACAAAAACAAAAAGAACAGGAUCUUACUAAUAAAUUACAAGGAUCUUUAAAUAAGUAUUUUGUUAGAAAUGAAAAUAAUGAUGAAAAUACUAAUGAUGUUGAAACUAAUGAUUUUGUUGAUAAUUCUAAAGGACCAAUUGAAACUUCUAAUGCACCUAUUGAAAAUUCUAAUGAUCAUGAAAAUAAUGAUUUUGUUGAUAAAUCUAGUGAUAUUAAUAUUUUUGAUCCAAGGGUAUGGGAUAAGUUAGAUUUUAAAAUGAAAGAUAUGCUUGUAGAAAAAUGGCCUAUUAGGGAAAUUGAAAAUAACAAAAUUUUUCCAAAAGAUGCACUAGGUAGACAUUUUUCUUGUGAAUUUUAUAUUCGUAAAUUAAAGAAUGGUGAUUCUUAUGAUAGAAAGUGGUUGGUGUAUUCAAAAGAACUUGAUAAAGUGUUUUGUUUUUGUUGUAAGUUAUUUAAAACAGCUAGAUCUAGAAGUAAUUUGGCAACCGAAGGAAUUAAUGAUUGGAAACAUCUUAGUGAAAAAUUAAAUGAACAUGAACAUAGUUCUGAACACAUGAUUAAUUUAAAAACUUGGACACAAACACGACUUAGGUUAAGGAAAAAUGAAACAAUUGAUAAAGAGUUACAAGAAAGAAUAAAAAAAGAUACUCAACAUUGGAAAGAAGUUUUGGUAAGAAUUAUUGCUGUUGUAAAAUGUUUAGCUGAAUAUAAUUUGGCUUUUCGUGGAACUAAUGAAAAAAUAUAUGAGAAAUCUAAUGUUAAAAGUGCAAUUAUUAGAAAAAUAAAAAAAGCAAAAUAUUUUUCGGUAAUUCUUGAUUGCACUCCGGAUGCAAGUCGUAAAGAGCAAAUGACUUUGAUUAUUAGAUGUGUUGAUGUUGCAAAUGUUCCAAUAAAAGUAGAAGAGUUUUUUUUAGAGUUUUUAAUGAUAGAAGAUACAUCCGGUUUAGGACUUUUUAAUGUUUUACAAAAUGCUUUAAAAUCUCUUGACUUGGAUAUUAAUUGUAUUCGAGGACAAGGAUAUGAGAAUGGAGCAAAUAUGAAAGGCAAACAUCAAGGUGUACAAAAAAGAUUGCUUGAUAUAAACUCAAGAGCUUUUUAUAUGUCAUACUCCACACAUAGAUGGAGUGUUUUACUUGACCAUGUAGAUGAGUUAACCCUAAAAUCAUUGUCUACUACUCGUUGGGAAAGUCACAUUGAAAGUGUUAAAGCAAUAAAAACUCAACUUUUUCAAAUAAAAGAAGCAUUAACAAAAUUAGCUCAAGUGAGUGAUGAUGGUAAGGUUUGUAGAGACGCGGAAUCAUUAGUAGAUGAAUUAAUUUGGGAAAAUGGGUUUGACACUGCUAUUAAUGAGGCUAAAAACAUAGCAGAAAAUAUUGGAGUUGAAACAAAAUUUCCUAUCAAACAUAUGGCUCUAACUCAAUUGAGAAGUAGAUUUGAGAAAAUGCAACAUUUUGAAUCUAUUUUUGGAUUUUUGUUUGAUGGUUCAAAGUUAAAAUCUUUACUUGAUGAUGAAUUAAAAAAAUGUUGUAAGAAACUUGAAACUAGUUUGACAAAUGGUGAGGAACUUGAUAUUGAUGGAAAAGAUUUAUUUAUUGAGUUACAAGUUUUGCAGGAAAUGUUGUCGGAUGAAGCAUAUAAAGGUGAACUUCCUUGGACAGCUAUUCAAAUUAUGGAGUUUGCAAAGCAGAUGGACAUGUUUCCCAAUGUGUUGGUGGCAUAUAAAAUUUUGUUGACGGUACCGGUCACCGUUGCUUCCGCGGAAAGAAGUUUUUCGAAAGUGAAGUUAUUGAAGUCAUAUCUUCGAAGUACCAUAACUCAAGAAAGAUUAAAUGGAUUAGCAAUUUUGAGUAUUGAUAGUCAAUUCCUACGAAGUGUUGAUUAUGAUAAAAGAAUAGAUGUUUUUGCUUCAAAAAAUGCAAGGAGGCAUCGUUUUAGAUGA